CCAUAAGUAACAGACACAGCAGCAGUUACUGUUUUAAAACGUGUUUUGACUAGUGGACAUGUGUUCUGCGAUCGAUUAGCAUGUCUAGUAGGAAAGGACAGACAGGAACAAGUAACUUAGCUAGCUAAGUUGGCUACAUAGCUUGGCCAAAUCUGUCCAAACUAAAGUCUGAGGGACUUUGAUCUCAUAACACAAAUUUACUUACUCAAAUACGACAAAUUAUAUACUUGGAGUUACAAGACGUGCAUGUGCGAUCAUGCGAUCAAAGAGCAGGUUAAUCUGCUAUAAAGGUGUGAAGUUAUUUGAAAAGACCGCUGAGAAGUAAAGAACACUUUUUUUUUUUUGGUUCACUGCCGAGCAUACAUAUCACAUUUCAUCUUCACAGCAGUCGACCAGAUGCUACAGAAAUAGUAGAAGUGAGAAAUGUGUUAGAUAUCCAUGGAAAAUUCUAUGACUGACCUGUUUUUGAGGAAAGUUGAUUCUCUAUGACUUGACCGCUAGGUGAGUUAGUUUACAUUAGUAUGUGCUUUGAAUUAAUUAUCUGACCAACACAACUGCUUAGGUUUGGUGUGUCUGAUGUUAAGAUUCAUGCAAUUGUGAAUAGAAACAAAUGUCCAGUACUUUCUGUAGCGAUAAAGCCUCUAUGAUAUUGAGUUUCUGAGAAUGUCAGGCUCCUUUUCUCUCCCGUUCUCAGAAGGUUUAGGAUUUAGUAUGUGUUGAUUGCUACUAGUAAUUUACACAAUGCUAGUCUCAUCAUAGCAAUAGGCCCCCUUGGGUUUUGUUAUGUGACUGUAACGUGACCCUCCCCCCUGUUUCUCCAUGUCGUAGCCCCCCGGAUGUGUGGAUGAGGUGAACACAGGGCUUUUUGCUGUUUUCCCCUAGAAGCAGCACUGUGAGGUAGAUCUCCACUCCCCAUUUUCUUUCUGUGUCCACCUCUGAAGAUAGGAUGAGUUGGUAAAGAGGAAUCAGUGUCAGGGCACAGCUGACACAAAGUGCUGCUUCCCUACAACUUUUGAGAAGAGAAUAGACAGAUUUCUGCCUCAUGGAGCAGUUGACUUAACUCCCUGACUGACACGGACAUAGGCCUUUAUCCAGAUUCUGGGCCAUUGCUGUUUCUCAAUCCAUCACCUGAGCAUAUCCCAAUCGCCCCUCCUCGACACUGGGCAAGACUUCGCAUGGCACGCCUGUAAUAGAUUAUUGUGGUACCACCAAAGCCCCUUGCCACUCAUCAGAUCACUCUGGAAACUGGAGUUCUCUCUACCUGGGGAUCAAUCUGUUCCAGGCUGUAAAGUGGUCUCCCCCCUGGAUUUCAUAAUUUUAACAGACAGAGCUUGGCCACCUGGACCAAGGGCAAGACAUACACAACCACACAGCAAGAGAGAAGGGCCACUGAACUACAGAGCUGACUACUCUGGAUCCUGGCCAUGAGGUUUGAUGCUCUACUGACUGGAGACACUGGAGCUAAAUGGCGCAGCAUGACUUUGUUCCAGCCUGGCUUAACUUCUCCACACCUCAGGUUGCCAAGUCAUCUGCACCUUUGGAGAGGCACGAAGACCACCUCGUCCGCGGCGCUGCCCGGCCCGGCGUGAGCCGGCGUCGCCAUAACUCUUCGGACGGCUUCUUCAACAACGACACCCGCAGAGCUUCCGCAGGUGACGGGUGGAGUCAGACCGCUCUCUCGCGGCAUGACUCUGUGGACUCCGGCGUGGCUGAGGGGGAGCUGGGCAUCAGGAAGACGGUCACCUGGGCGCAGGAGAGACCCCAUCGCGGGUGCCAGCCCAAACGACCUGCGGGGGAGAGGGACCGGGAGCGGACGGGGGCUCAGCGCCAGCGCAACGGAUCCGCCCACCCCCGUAAAGUAGGUCCUCUGCCGUCUGAGGGAGGCCAUAAGGACAAGCUGAAGUUUGCGGAGGAGGAUUUUCCCUCUCUCAAUCCGGAGAGCUGCGGGAAGCUCGUGGUCCAGCCACGUGCUGUAGGGACUCCUGUAGGAGUUUGGGAGCACCCUCCUAGUGCCAAGCAGACUAUGACUAAGAUGCUGGUCAUCAAGAAGGUUUCCAAAGACGACACCGGCACUGCUUUCUCCGCUAGCUUUGCCAACACGGGACCUCAUAUAACCAACGGCACCAAAACCCCUGUCUCGGGAUCCAGUGUCUACAAGAACCUGGUGCCCAAGCCAGCCACCACCACCCCACCCAAGACUGGUUCAUGGAAGCCAAACGGAAGGGAAAACAAAACCAGUUUUAAUUUCUCUGGCCAGGAGUCAGCCUUCACCAGCCCUACUGCCUCGGUGAACAAACCUGUGAUAAUUCCUGUCACACCCCCGACCCAAGUUUCCAACCAUGGCCCGACCCGCGUCAGCCCUAAGGAGCCUCCCUCCAGCAUAACCCCUCCUAUAGAUGUCACCCCUCCAAUAGACAUGACACCUUCCCGUCUGAAGCUCAUGCGUCGCAGCACCGAUCGGAAGAGUGACUUCCUCCGAGGCCUGAAAGACGAGAAGAACGGAGAUGAGUCCAUCACCACGAGCCCCUCUACCACCCCAGACAUUAGGAAGGAUGGAGAAGAGGUUCAGAGGAAUGGGAUUACUCCCUCGGUCAGUGACACGGAUCAUCUCUCCAUCUCAUUGGAGGCAGAACACAGGUUGCUCAAAGCUAUGGGCUGGCAGGAGUACCCAGAGAAUGAUGACAACUUCUUGCCCCUCACUGAUGAUGAGCUCAGAGAAUUUCAAGCUAAAACAGAGAAGCUGAAGAGGAACCGGAUGUGCCAGAAUGGUGUUCUCCCUAAGCCUCUUCCGAAGACCACUCCCCCGCUGCUGUCCUGGAGAAACCCUGUAGAGCCUGAGCUAGAAGAGGUCUCUGAGACAGAGGGCAGCAGUAGCAGCCAGACAUCGGAUGAUGACGCAGACACCUAAUGUGGCUUCAUGAACAUUGUACCCUCCUGUGUAACACUGCUUCAUGCACAGCAAACUGGUCAGCCAGACACUGGUUUGACUGGAAGGUUUUAGAGGUGAUGUCUAUCUGUCUGAGUUCUGUUUGUUUUAUCUGCUUUUUCUUUGCAUUUAUUUGCCCUUUUCUUUCUUUUGAGCACAUUGUUUUUUUUUGCUUUUUCCAAGAGCUCAAAUCUUUAUUAGAAUUGUUGUUAGUUUUUCUUGCUGAAGAAAUAAAAACUAACCCAUGAUAACAAUUACCAUAAAAUAAGUAUUUGGCUGGCAAAUUGUCAUUCAUACUUUUAUUUCUAAAGAUGGUUUUGACAUCUGCUAAUGUUGAAACAAAUUAUAGCAUUUAUGAUGAGAGGAAAUUCAGGGUGAGCAGUUGAUAUUGCUUCUAAUCCCAUAAGUCCCCUAAGGAUUUUGAUUUGUUUUGGUUGACAGAAGGUUAUACAUUUUAUUUUUUAUUGACCAUAGUAAGGCAUGACUUAGCCUUAUCAUUGUUUUAUUUCACCUAUGCGAUAGGAGAAUAGUCAUUUUAGUCAUGAAUCCCCAUCCCUUUCAAUACAAUUCUGAAUGUGGAUGGGGCAUCAAAAAACCUUCAGAAAUAAUGUCAAUGUCUUUGAGUCUUAGUUUACCAAACUUUCUGGGAAUAGAAAAUGUCAUUGUAGUUGUUGAGGGGCAAGUUGACAAAUUACCAUCACUUUCAGACAUGCAAAUCUUGAAGUUCUUUGGUUAAUAAAGAUUGUACAUUUUUCAUUUUUUUACAUGAGGGACUGCUAUUGUAAAUUAUGCAUUUUUUAGAUUUUGACUAUUUUCCUGACUGGUAGAAUGUUCAAAAAGCUUUAUAACAGAUUUAAAGCUCUUUUGGUUUGUUUAAUGUUUUAAUUCAGUACAGCAGUUAAACAAAAAUCAACAUUGAUAUUACUUUGUUUUGAUUCCAGAUUGUUGUUCUUGAAGCCUUGAUAUUCAGGGUGGGUUGUAAAAAAAUAUAUAAAAAUUGAGUUUUGAAGGAUUUAAAAUUAUUUUGAUAAUAUUAUUUACAGAUAAAAAAAUUUAAGUGGGAUUGUAUGUAUGAGACUGCAUAGUUGAAAAGGAAAUUGUAAUAAAUAUUUUGCAUCAGUU